AUGGCCGAUAAGCAGAAUGCAACAUUUCGAAAUGUCUCAUUGCCUCAGACCCCAGCAGGAAGCCGUUGGAACGUCAGUGUCAAUAAUGGCCUGUUCCAAAAAGUUACAGAAGCCGGACCUGAAGACGACCAGGUCCCGAAUUCCAUCGAUGGACACGGCGCUCUCUUAGCACCCUCACUGUGCCAUCCGCAUGUUCACAUAGACAAAGCAUAUCUGCUGUCUCACCCGCGAUACGCCCAUCUCCGGAUCGAUAAGGGUGAUUUCCAAGAAGCCAUGUCACUGACUGGAGAAGCCAAGUCCCUUUUUGAGCACGAGGAUCUGAUGCAGCGUGGUCGGAGAGUCAUCGACGAGAGUAUUGCAGCCGGUGUCACGUGUAUGCGAGCUUUUGUAGAGCUUGAUGCUGGUGUAAUGAUGAAAUGUCUUGACGCCGGCAUUGCCCUGAAGGAGAGCGCUGCUCGUGAAUGCUCGUUGCAAAUCUGUGCGUUUGCUCAGCUACCACUCUUCUCGCCUUCCCCAGGAGAUGAGGAUGGAAGCAUCAUUCGAGACUUGAUGAGACAGGCUGCCAGAAAUGGUGCGAUCGAAGCCAUUGGUAGCACACCGUACGUGGAAGCCAACGUAAACGCCAUGAAACGCAACAUCGAAUGGCUUAUCGAUCUGAGCAUGGAGUUCGAUCUACAUCUAGACUUCCAUCUUGAUUACAACAUGGACCCCACAAGUGAGCCCCUAGUCUGGUAUGUGAUCGAAGCAUUGGUGUAUAAGAGUUGGAAAGAAAGGACUUUUGAGAAGACCAUAGUUUUGGGACACUGCACAAGAUUGACACUAUUCGAUUCGGAAGAAUGGGAACGCCUAUCGAAGACCAUUGCGGAGGCCGAGCUUCCACUAUCUUUCGUUGGUUUACCAACCAGCGAUCUUUUCAUGAUGCGAACGGGGCAACAGCCUGAAGUCCGAGGCACCCUUGACGUUCCGAGACUCAUCGAGAAGUACGAUUUGAAUGCCUGUAUUGGCAUCAACAACAUCGGCAAUGCGUUUACACCGCAAGGGACCUGCGACCCGCUCAGUCUCGCUUGUCAGGGCGUUGGUAUUUACCAAGCAGGAACCGAAAGAGAUGCGGAGGUUCUGUACCAKUGUGUUAGUACUCGAGCAAAAGCAGCCAUUGGGUUUGGCCGUGUGAACCCUGGAGACGUCAGUCUUGAUAUCAAAGAGGGUGAGGCAGCAGACUUUGUUGUCAUUGGAAAUCUGGCGUCUGAAGAUUCUCGAGACGAGUGGAAGAUUAGCAAGACCGUCAGUGAGGCGGUGUACCUACAUGACCAGGGACGCGGCAGAAGAGCCGUUUUCAGCGGAAAUAAGAGCCCUCCGACUUGA